GUAUUGAUAUGUUUGUUUGUGCGAGUGCCAGAUUCACCAUCAUAUUGAAUCAUUGCAACCUGUUGAAGAUGCACAACAUAAACUCUUGCAAAUAUACUUCAUGGGCAAUAUGAUGGAACAACUUGAACGGCGUCAAGAGAUCAACACAGCAAUGAAAAUAGCAAUUCUUCAAGAUCUGCAGCAACUACUUCAUGAACAUCAUGCAUUGGUCAGGCUGUUCAAGACUGCGUUGGAGCGCAUGCCACAUGAUAACUACAAAGUUGUGAUUAGAGCGGAUAAACGACCACUGAUGUUUUGGCAAGAAGAUGAUGGAUAUCACUUCAAUAUAAAAAUGAUAAACCCAUUGAAUGGUGAGGAAACUACCAAGAAAAUUAGUUCGUGUAAUCCAAAAUGGAAAGAAAUUGUUCAAAUGCUGCUUCCUGGACAGACAUCAAGUGAUCGGCACGACAUCACUGCACGUGUAUUCAAACACAAAAUUCGAUCGCUGAUGAAUCUAAAAUUUAAUAUAACAUUGUUUCCUUUCCUUCUAAUAUUAUUAAACAUAAUUUUAAUAUUAUUUUAA